UCAGGCUCGACUGUACGGUGCAGCAAGUGUUGCUAGCGUGAAGCUAAAGCUAGCAAACAUAACAUAACUCCCUCCCCACUAAAUUCGGGACUUGGUGGCUGGGUUGUUCCGCUGGCUACUUAUCAGCUGGCUAAAACAGGGCGACCAUGCAGAAAUAUGAAAAACUCGAAAAAAUCGGCGAGGGCACGUACGGGACCGUAUUUAAGGCUAAAAACAGAGAAACCCACGAAAUAGUGGCCUUGAAACGAGUCCGUUUGGACGACGACGACGAGGGCGUGCCAAGCUCUGCCCUGAGAGAAAUCUGCCUGCUGAAGGAGCUCAAGCAUAAAAACAUAGUCAGGCUACAUGACGUGUUGCACAGUGACAAAAAGCUCACGCUGGUCUUUGAAUACUGCGACCAGGAUUUGAAGAAGUACUUUGACAGCUGCAAUGGAGAUUUAGACCCUGAAACAGUGAAGUCAUUCAUGUUCCAGCUGUUGAAAGGACUUGCUUUCUGUCACAGUCGCAAUGUUCUUCACAGAGAUCUCAAGCCACAGAAUCUCCUCAUCAACAGAAAUGGCGAGUUAAAGCUGGCCGACUUUGGCCUCGCUCGAGCGUUCGGCAUUCCCGUGAGGUGUUACUCAGCCGAGGUAGUAACGUUGUGGUACCGACCCCCAGACGUACUGUUCGGUGCUAAACUUUACUCUACCUCUAUCGACAUGUGGUCCGCUGGUUGCAUAUUUGCAGAGCUCGCAAAUGCCGGAAGGCCUCUAUUUCCUGGGAACGAUGUGGACGACCAGUUGAAAAGAAUCUUCAGGUUGUUGGGUACGCCGACGGAAGAACAGUGGCAGACGAUGACCAAGUUACCAGAUUACAAGCCAUACCCUUUGUAUCCGGCCACCACCUCGCUGGUCAACGUGGUGCCCAAACUCAGUAGCACAGGUCGAGACCUGCUCCAGAACCUUUUGAAGUGCAACCCGGUCCAGAGGAUCUCCGCCGAAGAAGCUUUGCAGCAUCCUUAUUUCGCCGACUUCUGCCCGCCCUAAGUCCUUCUCGGGCUCCCCUUCUCAUCGUCAGCCGCCAAUCGAUCCGGCCCUCCCGUCACGCUAGCAGGUCAUUAGCGGCAGCUCUGUGCGGGCCCGAUUCCCGCGGAAACCACUUGACCAAAGCUGUUUUUUUUUUUUUUGGUUUUUUUUUCCAACCGCAGUACCCACCAGACUUCACUCUUUCUCCUGCUCAAAAAUGACAACACUGCAAACAACUUAUGUAGACUACUUUAUUUCUUUUCUUUUUACGUUCAGUUUCUCAUCUAAAAGCAACGACGCUACGCCACCUUUUGGAAAACUUGGUCCUUUAACUCGUGUUUAUAGUGUUGCCAUGACAACUUAGGGCAGAGAAAUCCACUGCCCACAGCAGCGGCAAAAGGACAGCCAAAGUCAACGCCGCCAUUGUCUAUUGUUAUUUAUUUAUCUUUUUCAAUCAACUAUGUAACUGCCAAUUUAAAAAUCUAUUUAUUUUAUGCAAAUACGUCACCUACCCGAGUCCAAAAAAACAGUUGGGUGAGUCAAGUGGGUUAACUUGGAGUGUAAAAAAAAAAAAAAAAAAAAGCAGCUUUACACUAACUGUAGAAUUUGAUCAGUUCCACAAGUAUAUGUUGCAUAGAACCCAAUUAAAAAAAAAAAUAAUAAUAAUUUUGGACACCAACCUUGAGUUUGUUCUUGUACACACACGGAGCAAGACAACGCCGCUGCUCGUUCAUUCAUUUAUUCUUUCAUCCUGGUCUAUAAAAGUUUCUUGAACGCGGAGUUGUGCCUUUUGGUAUGUGCGGACGAAAUGGCGUGAAGAAACAUCGCUUGAUGGGACGUAACGCGGUCCCUCUGGAGCCAUGUUGGCGCCAUUCCACCAUUAUUGACAAUUGCCGGUGUGACGGUCUGAGCACUCCCCGGUGCUGAAAAGUCUCCUUGUGAUGAAUGCGCAUGCGUGACUAACAGGGGAGGGAACUCUGGGUACGUAGCAGACGCUUACUCGGAAAUCCCCUGGUCUCAUAGUUCCCCUUCUUCUACAUACAGGGAGCUAACCUGAAAACAAAAGUUGAUCAAAAAAUAUAUACAUAUAUGUACGUUCGCUGUGUUGGUCUUUCUGUGACGUCCAUAGCGAACACGAACACUCGGCGACGAGUUGUCGAAUGGCACAUGUUGGUGCACGGAUGGGGAUGUUUCAGAAUGGCCGGACGUUUACAAAAUAUCGAGCUCGUGCACCUACGUCAUCAAGUCACGUCACUGGCCGGAAGUGUCGUUCAAAAAAACCAUUCUUAAUCGUGAAAAUAUGUCCUAUAGCACGACGCCCAGAGUUUUGUCUGAUGCCAUUAAACUUUUAGAAGGUGAUGAUAAACGAAGGUACAUAGAAAAAUCAGAGACACUUGGCAUAGAGGACCCAUAUUUAAUGCCGAUUAAAAAAUUGGACUGUUAACCCGCUUCCGCUUGUCUUGGACAACCGGAUCUACAUAUGGAUCUGCUGAGUAAGUCGUCGGGCUUUAUACUGAAGAGUUUGAAAGCGUAGAAAAGUCUGGACGCAUACAAAUACUUCGUUGCUGCAUCUGUUCUGAAUCAGGGAUAAAUUCCACAUAGCGAUGGAGCCACUUAGAUUUUCUUAAAUACAAAUACCAAUAUUUAAAUAAAUGACCCCUGGUUUUACACAAACUUGCAUUCAUUAACUACGAUUGGGAAAACAAAGAGGACGGAGUCGUCUCCACGGAACAUACACGGAAGCGAUUGCGGCCACAUGUUAACCUACGUAAACAUCACUGACAGACGGCUUAUUUUCUUUUUCUAAAUACGCAUUGGACUCAUUUGAGAACAAUGAUUGAAGGAGAACAACAAUUUUUUUUAGAAAAAAGAAGUUUACCGAAGUUUAACGUGUGGGCGCAACACGCUUCCGUGUACGUUGGAGACGACUCCCUGUCUUUUUUUUUUUUUUUUUUAACGCAUUGUUCUCUAUUUUCUUUUCAGUCUUUUUAGCUGGUAUUCCAUAGAAUGAUCUCUUUGACUAUCCGUCCCAUCUUUUGUGACAACCAACAGCUCAACAAGUCUCUGGCGUUGUGAAUAUUCUGCUCCGGUUCGAUGUCCCCCACACAGUCAAGCAGCUGUGUUUGACCGGCAAUAUGGCGCCGUGAAAGCGGUGACGUCACGUCCACGAGCUCUAUUCGCCCGUGCGCAUUAAUCACAAGGAGAUUUUUCAGCACCGGCCAACACUGCAAAUUUAAUGCAAUACAUAUUCAAAGUUGUUCCCAACACGUGGGCCGCUGACGACUGAUAAAUUCUUUUUGAAGUACAGUAAUAAAUACUGGAGGACUGCUCGCGUCGCUUUUUCUAGGCAGCUACCGCAGUCGCGUGCCACUCCCAUCUUAACCAAAAGCAUUCAGAAUUUGACGAAAAACACUACAAGUAGGAUAUGUAACAAAUAGCACGAACAUCUAAUUUAUGAUUUUGCAUUUGUCCCACAUUUUAUAGCUCUAUGAGCACUUUGUUAGUUUUGAACGCUGCAGCUGGUUUUCAACAAAAUGGGCCAAGACAAUUCCAACAGUGGACCAUAAAUAUUGUUACAGUUUAUAUGUAUCUCUCUCGCCUAUAUUAUACACACACACACACAAUCUUUUAGUGGAAAUGACGGGUGGGGAAGUCCUCUGGGGGCUUUACCAAACUGAUGAAAAUGUGACAACAAUUGAACAUUUGUCAUUAAUGAAACUCUAAUUCUUCGUGGCUUUUGUUUGCUAAAUGUAUAUUUUUAUUUGGGCUUUUUUUUUUUUACAUAGCAAUUUCACCAUUGAGGUUUUAUUUGAUUUAAAAUUGCAUGUCGGGCUGGAUCUAAUGCCCCCCCCCCUCCCCCCGUCACCCUCACCCCCCUUGCUGGAGUUCACCCCACCCCUGAUCCGAUCCGCUUUCAACACAAUUUGGACAAAAGUGUCACGUGAUUUCCUCGCUGGAGUAAUUUUUUUGUUACUUUUCCAAACACGCUUCUUCCGACUCCACUCUGCCGAUAUCGUUUGUUGUGAUUUCGCGGCCGAGUCGUAUUCAGAGCAGCUAUCAGUUCUUUUUGUUCGCUAGCGAUGCAGAAAUAUGGUUGCAUGUAUUUAUUAACGCAGGAAUGUGAAGCCCGGUUUCUUUUACACGUCGGAUUGAUUUCAUACUACUGUGCUGUGUAGCGUGAAGCCGCGGGCUCUGCGGAUUCAAUUAUGAAAAGUCCACAAUUGUUUUCUGUGAAAUUUCAGAUGUACAGUUCCUUGUAGGCUUUUUGGUUUCUCAUUUCAAAAUGAAGAGUGGAUUUUUUUUUUUGCACCUUUUUUUUUUUUUU